AUGCAAUCAGCAUGGAAGUGCCUUGUGCUGAUCGGUCUGGCGGCUCUUGGCGCCUGUGCGGCAGGAGGGCUGGAGGCUGAUUGGGCUUCGAUGCAGCCGUUAUAUCAGCAAGGAGGACUCGCGGCCAACUUGGACCCGCUCUCUCCUGGUCCUUCUACCGCCGUCCGCACGAUUGACCCCUGGGACUACGGCAACCUGUACCCAGACAUCAACGUGACAGCCGGGACAGCGCUGCGCUUUGUGUGGCACAACACCGCGCAUGGGGUGACUCAAAUUCCCUCCAGGAUCUGCCCCCUGGCCUUCAACACAUCGGACAUUGCCCAGCUGGCACCGGUGACUAACGGCGGCGACUUCACCACCCCACCGCUCACCCCUGGAGAGUACUUCUACGCCUGCCCUGUGUUUGGCCACUGCCUGGGAGGCAUGAUGCAGCCGCACGGCGUGUACAGGAUUCCCAGUGGCAGCUGCCCCCCACAGUAUGCUCCAGGGGAUGGAUUUGAGGAGCUGGGCCCCAUUCAGCUAGACGGAGGCAUAGCCAUCACCAAAUCACUGGCUGCUGGAACCUACUGGUACAGCUGUCAGGUCCCAGGGCACUGUGAUGAUGGGCAGAUUGUGAAAGUAACUGUGGCGUGA